UCUGUGGUUUUGACAAGUAAUAUCAUUUGGCAGCAUGUUGCCAUGGUAGGCUUAACCACCCUGACGAGCCAACAGCUGCACUGCACCACCUCUGUGAUCUCUCAGAAUGGACACCUACGAGAGUACUUAUGGCUAUUUCAAUUACAAUGACGAUAACUACACUGAUUUUCCUUAUCCUAAUGACUGUACUGAAUCUUACCUCCCUGGUGCCAACAUCUUCCUGCCCGUACUUUACUUCGUCAUCUUUUUCACAGGAUUUUUGGGUAACCUCUUUGUGAUCUUAGUUGUGGGCAAGAAAGGGCGGAGAAGUGGGCGUCUUGUGGACACUUUUGUUGUCAAUCUGGCCCUUGCUGACUUCAUCUUUGUCCUCACACUGCCUCUGUGGGCCAUCUCUGCCAGCCAGAAUGACUACUGGGACUUUGGGACACUAAAGGACCUGCUGUGCAAGCUGAGCAGCUACAUCAUUGCUGUGAACCGCUUCUCCAACAUCUUCUUCCUCACCUGUAUGAGUGUUGAUCGCUACCUGGCUGUGGUGAAGCUGAUGGAUUCAAAGUACCUCAGGAGCAGUCAGUGCAUCCGUACCACCUGUGCCGCAGUCUGGUUGAGCUCCCUGGUGCUCGGCAUCCCAUCCCUGGUGUACCGUAGAGUGGAGCAGUACGAUGAUGUAUCGUACUGCGUGGAAGAUAACAACUCACCCUUUUUUCUUGGCCUGAGCUUGACCAUGGCGUUGCUCACCUUUGUCUGUCCAGUGUUAAUCAUCGUGCUCUGCUAUGGCACCAUCAUCAUGCAUCUCAACAAGCAUUGUGUUGCUGCUGCCAAUGCUCGAGCUGAAGCCCGCCGCAGGCACUCACUCAAGAUGGUCCUCUCCAUCAUAAUGGCCUUUGUGGUAUCCUGGCUCCCUUUCAACGUUUUCAAAGUCAUGAUAAUUGUCUCGAAGCUCUCACAUGUUGAGCAGAGUUGUCUGUCGUGGAAAACAAAUGGGCUCCGUGUGUCGUGCUGCCUGGCCUUCUUCAACAGCUGCGUGAAUCCAGCCAUUUAUUUUUUCCUGGACCAUCACUUCAGACAACGGGCCAUGAUCCUGUACAAGACCUGCAUAGGAAAGCCCAAGAUGCUGCAGAGCUUCAACUCUUCAGCUUCAUUCACCUAUGCUGGCACUUCAGAGAGCUGUGGAACAACUGGUGGGAGAACUCAGCUUCAGAGUUCUAUGUAGGAGGUAAAGACUCUUAUCUUCCUAUCUUUGAAGGUAGUGAAGUUAUUAUUCUAUUAUCAUGUCAUCCUGACAACUUGUUAUGUUCAUCUUGAUAAUGAAUUUGUGCAUAUUUCUCUCAAGGGAUUUUUGAAUACUUAAACCAGAUCCACCGCAAGAAAAAUUUCUCAAUGCAGUGCUGUACAUUAUUGUUAUAAAAUGGGAUUUUAUGUUGUCAUAUUUAUCUGUUAUUCCGGCUUUCGACAAAUAUUGAACAUGCUGUUUCUUCUGCUUAGAGUAUACUAUACACUGUAGGACAGUAGUGAUCAUAUGAGUGAGCAUCCAAUCAUUUCUUUUGUUUGUACAUUUUAUCAAGUGUGUAAAUUUACAGCUGUUGCAUUUUUUUGAUAUAUUGAAGAAUUUUAUUAUGUUUCUGUUAUCAAAUAUUUGUUGCAUGAAUCAAGUUUCAUGAAAUGUAUAUAUUGUUGUGAUAAAGUUGCAUUUCUAAAACAAAAGCUUGGAAAAAAUGUAUGUGUAGUAUUUUCUAGUUGUUUUUUUGGGUCAUUGCACGCAGAUAUUGCUAUAUUUUUCUAACGUUUUUUUUAUUCUCAAAAUAAAAUCUAGUUAAUCAAGCAUAA